AUGCGGAAACUAGGGAUGUGGGAAUAUUUGUUCUUUCAGAGAACGUUUCCGGUGUUGGUAUACCCUGAUGUUAAGAAUUUCAAGAAGAUUGUUGCUGAUGAAACUGCAGUACUAGAAUGUGCGGUUUGUUUAAGUGAGUUUGAAGAUGAAGAUGUGUUGAGACAGUUGCCUAUAUGUCGCCAUGCUUUUCAUGCUCUUUGUAUCGAUGAGUGGUUUGUUUCUCAAUCUACUUGUCCAGUUUGUCGAUUUGAUCUUAAACCUGUUACUCCCAAAACGACACUCAAUGCCGACGAUGAUGUAGUAAUUGAUGUAUUGGAAGGUGAUGAAAACCGCACCGAAAUGGCAACAGAGAUGAUUUCCGAAACAGAGGAUCAGCAUCAUGUUUCAAUUUCUGUGGUAGAGAAUUCAGAUGAUGUAAUUGGUAGUAUAAACCUCAACAAUGAGAUGAUCGAGAACAGAGUGGAACAAGAUCGAUAG